AUGACUGGCAUCCACAUUGAAGCAAAAAAGCCCAACCAUUUCAUUACCACCGCUGAUUUUACAGCCGAACAAUUAUUGGAUUUGGUCUACAAUUCUCUUCAGUUCAAGGUUCAAGCCAAAUAUACUCCUUCAGAAGAGAUCAAGCGUCCUUUGGCAGGAAAAACUUUAGCUGUCCUGUUUUCAAAACGCUCCACUCGUACUCGUAUCGCUACAGAAUCAUCCAUGGCAUUUCUUGGUGGUCAUGCCAUGUUCUUAGGCUCGCAAGAUAUCCAACUCGGUGUUAACGAGUCUUUGCUCGAUACUGCUCGUGUGGUUAGCUCGAUGGUGCAUGGUAUCAUGGCCCGUGUCAAAGGACAUGAUGAAAUUGAGACUCUCGCCAAGGAAUCUUCAGUGCCUGUGAUUAACGCUCUCUCCGAUAAAUAUCAUCCUACACAAAUUUUGGCUGAUUUGAUGACCAUUCAUGAAUACUACCAUAACAAAAAUAAUAAUGUUCCUGAAGGCAUUUAUUCUGCACACACCCAACAUCCUCGAGAGACACUACCUGGUAAGAAGGUCGCCUGGGUGGGUGAUGGCAACAAUAUUUUACAAGAAAUUCUCGUUGCAUUUCCCAAAUGCGGUAUCAGUGUAGCAGCAGCUUGCCCUCCUGGUUACACUUGCGAUCAAGAUGUCAUUGAUAUUGCUCUCGCUGAUGCCAAAAAGACAGGUGCAUCAGUAACAUUUACUACUCAGCCAGAGGAAGCGAUUAAGGAUUCUGAUAUCAUUAUCACCGAUACAUGGGUUAGUAUGGGUCAAGAAGAAGAAAAGAAGAAACGUUUAAUAGACUUUAAGGGAUAUCAAGUGACAAAGGACCUGAUUGCUCGCGGUGGUGCGAAACCUGACUGGAUCUUUAUGCACUGUCUACCUCGUAAACCUGAAGAAGUUGACGAUGAAGUGUUUUAUGAUAAAGAACGAUCCGUGGUUUUCCAAGAAGCCGAAAACAGAAAAUAUACAAUCACAGCUGUCAUUGAUGCAUUAUUAAACAAAGGUAGCAUUUAG